AAUGCAGUCAGCAACAGGUGCACACUGCAGUUUUUUAUUAUUUCUAUUAGAAUUUUCAUUCAUUUUCAAAACAGAAAACACUAAAAAAUAGGAUCCAUACAUGAAUACAAAUUCACUUGCUUCCCAGUAAAUAUAUAACAGGUGUUCCACAAUCACAGCUUCUCUGGUUCUGUUUCCGGAUGACAAUUAUUUUCAGGAAGUCUGGAGAACAGCUGGUUUAGAACCUGCAGAAACAGAGAACCGGAAGUGAUGGACACUGAACUAUUUGUCCGAGUUUUUAUGGUCACGUGAGCCGAACAGUGUCGCGUGCAUCGACAUAUAAAUAUGGUCGCGUGUCGUUAAUCCUCUGACGAACCACCAAAGCUUUCUCUAAUCUGUAGGUGUGAUCAUCAAUCCGCAUUCCGCCGGAAGCAGGGUGAUGCUGACUUCAAAAUAAAAGAUGCAAUCAUAACUAAUGAAUAAUAAAACUAGGAAUUGGACAUUUUUACUUCAGCCUCAUGAAGGAAUAAUUUCAUGUUUCUGGUCUCAAAAAAGCUCCCAGCUUUAGUCCGUGAGGCAGACACCUUGUCUACUUUUAAGAAUAGGCUUAAAACAUUUUUAUUUGAUAGGGCCUAUGGUUAAAAUCUGAUGUUAGCCUAGAUCUGGACAAGUGGGGGAGUAGAGGGAGGUGGCGUGUACAGUCGGUAAAGACGGCUCUCCCUUGCCCUGCCUCCAACAUGCCUCCAUCUAAAUAGGAUAGAUUAUCCAGAGUUAUCUCUGUAGUUAUGCUGCUAUAGGCUUAGACUGCUGGAGGAUACACUGACCACUUUCCACACUCUACUACUUUCUUCUACAAUCUGCUCUUUAACUGUAUUAUUUCCUGCUAUUUCAGCUGUUAACUUUAUUUUCUCUCUAAGUGUUUUUCUCCCCAGAAGAAGCUACAACGAUGUUCUGCUGAGCUGUGGUGGCCUCAUGGAGGGGGCCAUCGUCUAGCACACUGCUGCUAACCACUAAAACAUUCUCCCUCUCCUGAUAAUAACUUUUUAUUCUCUUUGACGUUGGAUGUGCUACUACUAGUUUACCCUUUUAAUUAUAGAUCCACUAGGAUAAAUACAAUAAAGUUUAUCUUUCACCAAAUACAAUAUUUACUGGGACAUCACAAUAUGGCUGUGUGUGUGUGUGUGUGCGUGCGUGCGUGCGUGCGUGUGUGUGUCUUUGUCUGCCUGUUUUGUGUUCUCCAUCCCCAGUGAGUCGUGGAGGAUGGCUGCUUAUACUGAGCCAGGAUUCUCUAGAGGUUUCUUCCUGUUAAAAGGGAGUGUUUCUCUCCACUGUCGCUACAUGCUUGCUUAGUAUGAGGAUUGCUGUAAAGACUCUGACACUAGUCAGUGACUCGAUGCAACCUGCUGGGUUCCUUACGAACUGACCUGUUUACUGAAUGUUUACUGCGUGAAGGUCCUUGAGAUGACUCUGGUCCUGAUUUGGCGCUUUAUAAAUAAACUACAUUGAAUUGAUCUGGGGAUAAACAGCCGAAACAUUAUUUACAUUUAUAUAUUUAAUCAUGAAAUAUUUUAUAUAAAACUUGCAUUACAACCACGUGACUCGCUGAACAACAUUCCAGCAAUAAUAAAAGCCGAAACUUUAGGGAUUUUGUUGCAUAUUUUAUUAAUUAUUAAUUAUUAUCUAUCUAAUAAUUUCAGUUAUUAGAAAGUAAUGACUUUAUUUUGAAAUCCCAACCAGGAAGUGUUUUGAUUACUCAACAAAACUUGACUCAGGUGUUUUCGUAGCGCGUGAGCUCCAUGGCAACUGAAUCAAGAGAUUUAAAAAGUUAUUAAAAUGAAGUUUCUUUUUACCGAGUUCGGCACCGGAACCGGAAAAGAGUAAAAUGCCUUCAGCGAUACUCCUCAAACCCAAACCGGUGGAAGCGGUCAAGAACCCGGUGGAGAAGCCCAAACCGGUACCGGGAAAAGCAUCCAAAAGGACAGAACCCGAACCCAGAGGUUCCGCUCUGCGUAAAAGUUGCGCGCCAAGCUGCAGGCAGCGCGUGCAGGACCGGAGGGACCCAACCGACCCGCGGGGGUCAAGCUCCAAACCGAACUGCAGCCAGAGAAUCAGGUCCAGUUCCACCGCUCCUAAACCCACAGAGGACGGAUCCAGAACGAGCCGAACCCCCAGGAGAGCCUCCAGCUGCACAAGACAAGCUGCAGCCGACCCGAAACCGCUGGACCCGAUCGGGUGUUCGGGACAGAGGGAGCAGCGGGGGGCCAGAACCGAGCCGAAGGUUCCGGUCCAGAAUAACAAAGCAUUCACAGUCAUCCCCCCAAACCCGAAGAAACGGAGAGAAAUCCAGAAAAAGGCAGAGGCGGAGCUUGCUGCUCUGGAGGAGCUUCGUCUGAGCAGAGCGAUGUCCUACGUGUCCAUCAACCCCAGUAGUGUAGGAGGCUGUUUGAGUCUAGAGGAAGUUCGUCUGAAGCAGCAGCAGGAAAUGAUGCAAGCGAAGAGGAAACCCAAACUGCUGGAAGCAGGUGGUGGAGGAGACACCUGUCCUGACACGAUGACAUCACGCCAACUUCUCGUCAUGACUGGCAGCUGAAUGCAACCCGCCCACUUUAAUAAAUAUAUUAACAUUUAUGUUAAAUCACACAACUAUUGGUUUAAAAACUACAGUGGCUGUUGUGAACAGCUGUUGACAUGAAACAUGUUUUGUAAACGUGCUCAUGUGUUAUUAUUAUUGUUGUUGUUAUGUUGUGUUUUAUUGCGACAUAGUUCAUAAAUUCUACCUAAAACAUAAAGUUUGACUCGUCGCUGAAAGGCUUUAGUUUGUGGAAUGAUGCCAGUCGUCUGAUGCUUUUCUGUUAUUCUGACAAAGCUAACCUCAUACGACUCACAGCUGCACACGUCCACUCAGACUUUAAUACAAACAUCUCAAUACUUUAGGUUUUUAUUUAGCUUCAUUAUUAAGCUGGUAACAUUUUUUUUAAGUAUUUUGCAUUUAAUUGUUUGUUUGUUUUUUGUCUGUAUGGCUGAAAGGCAGGUGUGGUAACAGGUGAAAGCAGAGAGAAAACAACCAAAUAAAUGUUAUAGUUGUAAAAAGGGUCUUAAAAUGUAAUCAAAUCUGAAAUAACCUGGUGUUACUCUGUAGACGUGUCUCGUAAAAUAAAUAUAUUAUGUGGUUUAAUAAUUUAAUUUAAAUCAGAAACAUUCUUGAAGAUGUUGUCCGGCACAUUUUUAAUGUUUUAAUGUUUAUUUUCACACAGGAUUUCACCAGAUAGGUAGGAAUCUUAGUUACUGAAAUAUUACAUUUUAGCUCCAUCUCUGUGAAACUGAGUAGGAGCCAUUUUCGUGUUUGAUGAUCGGUUUGAAUCAGGUUAGAAUCCGCUGUUCUGAUGCAGUUCCAUGAUCCACCAGCAGAUGGCCCUCUGCUGGUGGAAUAGAGAAACCACUGGUGGAGAACAUUUGGUUCUGUGUGUGUGCGCGUGAUCAUUCUGAUUAUUUUAAUGUUACUGCUCGGGUAUUUUGUCUCGCGUAUAUAAAAACAAGUUAAAAUAAACUGAUGAAAUGUCAGAGUCGUGCUUCUCUGGCAUAAAUAAUUCAAAUAUCGCCUCAAAGGACUGAACUGCGCAUGCCCCACAGGUAUCACCCGCAACCAUAAUUGUAGUUUUCAACAGUAGACCUUUCUGCGCGAUGCAGAUGAUGCAUUCAGUGAAAGAUUUUGAGCUGCGAAAUCAUAAAGAUGCGCUUGCCCGCUGCGUUGGCCUGUUUGAAUUCAUUAAAAUGUUUAAAAAGAAGAAAUUUAACCUGUUUUAAUUCGUAAAAUCAAAUUGUUCUCCAAAUUGGGCAAUCUGUUGUCUCUAACCUACAAAAUGAAUGGGUUCCUUUUAUUUUGAAAGACAACUAUAAUUGAUGUUUUUUGGUGGUGGUUUGUGUGUGUGUGUGUGUGUGUGUGUGUGUGUGUGUGUGUGUGUGUGUGUGUGUGUGUAUACUUGUCUUUAUAGGUUUAAGUGGACAAAUUUUAACUAUAACCUGUACUGUGUAGACAUUUUUACAUUGUGGGGAUUUUUUGCUGGUCCACACAAUGUGGAGCACCCUAAAACUUGUUUUUAGAGGUAUGGCAUUAGUUAGGGAUAGGGUAUGGGUAGGCAUAGUGGAGUAACUAACAUGGAGCAGGGUGUCAAUGAAGGGCCACACAAACAUAAAAACAAGCGUGUGUGCGUGCGCGUGCGUGCGUGAGUGUGUUUGUAAAACAUCAAACCAGUAGAGCUCGCCUUUAUUUGUCACUUGAUUAUUUUCUUGUGCAAUUAAUAAUAUUAAUAAAACAUUAUUAAAUAGGU